AUGGCAGAACAGGAGGAAGAAGACUCUCCUCCCAGAGAGAUAUCGUUUCUUCAGCAGCAGCAGCUCUUCUUUCGCAGGGCCAUCACGCACUUCACGAAUCCUGAUUUGUAUCUUUAUACUGGCCAAACGCGAGAUCAAAUACCCGACGAUGUUUUGCACGUGCGAGUGGAUCCAAGUGUUCGCGUCAUUGAUUGGGAUACUUUUGCGGGCUGUGGCAUUAUGCGAACAAUAGAAUUGCCUUAUGGUCUCGUACGCAUAAUGGGACGGGCUUUCAUUGACUGUUAUAAACUGAAAGAACCUGUAAUACCACCAACCGUCAAGGAAAUCGGAGACAUGGCAUUUUCUAGUUGUUUCGCGGUAAAUUCCUUGGAUCUACCAGAAGGGCUGGAGCGCAUUGGGAGAGCUGCUUUUCCUUCUUGUUCUUUUCGAAAUGUGAAGCUACCCAAGACGAUGAAUGAAGUUGGUGGUCAAAGCUUUAGUUGCUGUACGGAUUUGAUCUCUGUUGAAAUUCCUUAUGGUAUGACUGCUAUCCAUUCAGAAGCUUUCUUUCAGUGUUUGGAACUGAGAAAUGUGGCCAUCCCGGAUACUGUAAACGUGAUUGGGGAUAAUGCGUUUGAAUGCUGCUUCAAACUGCAGGACAAAUUCCCCGAAGAGGAAAGCUUGAUUGAAGUCUUAAAGACGAGAUUCGACGAUUUGCCCCUGCACAAGAUCUGUUACUACCAUGCCUACAAAUCGACCGAAGAAACGUUGCAAGAACUGUCGCAAGCGAUGAUGGAUAUGGGUUCUUUUGAAAGUGCCGGUGAAGAGCACUUGGAGACAAUGCGGCAAGAUGCCUUUGGCAUGACAGCCCUCCACAUCUUGGCAAUGUCGAAGAAGCAAGAUUUAGAGCUUUAUCAACUCUUGUUAGAAGCCCAUCCAGACGAUAUAAACGUGACUGAUACCUGGGGCUACUUGCCCGUCUAUUAUGCAUGUUUAUGCGAUGCUCCUCCAGAAGUCGUCCAAUACCUCUUGGACACCCACAAGCAAUUAUCAGAGAAUGCUGCCGAGGAACUUUCUUGGAAAACGAUUGUCGACAACUUUUCAAUCAUGUUUGUUGCAGCCCAUGUCUUGAAAUGUGUAAUAUAUUGGACCGUUGUCGAUCGACUCAAGCAAGUCCACUGUCAGUCGUGGAAGGUGGACAUAAUCAAUGCAAUCGACAUGAUCCCAGACGGUGGGCGCAAGACUUGGAAGGAAAAGGAUACGCAGGUCGCGGCAGUAUACGAUUUAUUGUCAUUGUACGAGCUGAAAGAGAUGACUUCUCUGCUGGAAUUAGCUGCAUGGAAGAGCAAGAUGGAUCAAAAUCAAGGCAUGAAGAAGUAUGUGAAGGGAGCCUUUGAUGAAAUGUCCGAUCACGAGGAAGUAAACACUAAAGGAGCGUAUGCGAAGCGGUUGUCCAUUGCGACUCACACUACUCUCACGACACAUAUAUCAUCGGAACCGGGAAGUGUUUCCGACCGCUACAGCAUGUCGGAGCGCGGUAGUAUUACUGAAAGAGAGAGCAUUGUCGAACGGGGUAGCAUCAUUUCCAAGACAGUAGUGGAGGAAAGCCCGCAUCAAGAAGAGGACAAGCUUGAAACUGUUGAAGUACAGAAUGAUCCCGACGCCAUAGCAAUUCGAAAUAACUGCCGCAUCAACAGCGGUGCAGAUUUGAUUGUCUCGAAUGUCAUUCCAUUCUGUUUAUAUCCGGUCCAGCUGCAACCAUGGGAGGAGACAGAAUCAUGA